UAUCCUUACCCACACCAUGUCCCCUAUCACACUGCUCCUAUCCUCACACCAUGUCCCCUAUCACACUGCUCCUAUCCCCACACCAUGUCUCCAGUCCACACGCUGGCUCCGUGAUGAAGUACUGCUCUCUGAUCACUGUAUCUCUAUGCUUCCACGUAUUACCUACAGCUCUUAUCCAUGUGUCAACACUGGAGCUACUCGCUCUGAUAUGUAGUUACUAUCUGUAGGUCACUGUCUUUAGGUCACUGUCUGUAGGUCACUGUCUGUAGGUCACUGUCUUUAGGUCACUAUCUGUAGUCACUGUCUUUAGGUCACUGUCGCUCUUUCUAGUCUAACUAUAUGAGUAGUCUAUAGUGGAUCUUGGAUCUUUGCCUCGCCACUGUUUGCGUGGACAUUCACUUUUAGUAUGUUAUACUAUUUCACUGUUCUCCAAGGUGAUAACCAGGUCUAUGGUUCACUGUUCUCCAAGGUGAUAACCAGGUCUAUGGUUCACUGUUUCCCUGGAUAUAUAUCUAUAUAGAUAUCACCACUAAUAAUAUGCUGUAAUUGUAGAACCACUGCUUUAACUGAUUUCUUCUUCCUCUAACAGUAACAUUGCAUAGCUGCCUGACUAAUCCCAGAUGGGCUGUGCGUGUGGCUGUGCGUGUGGCUGUGCGUGUGUCAUGUUGGGUGGCAGGAAUGAAGAACAACCCUGUCUGACUUGUUUGUCUCUUCUAUAUAACAGACAUGUGAGCAGUAGUGACCGGGUUGGAAAACCUUACAGAGGAGUGAAGCCAGUGUUCAGCAUCGGUGAUGAGGAAGAGUAUGAUACAGAUGAGAUUGACAGCUCGUCCAUGUCGGAUGAUGACAGGAAGGAGAUCGUAAACAUCCAGACGUGGAUCAACAAGCCAGACGUGAAGCACCAUGUUCCCUGUAAUGAGGUCAAGGAGACCGGACACAUGUUCCCCAGUCACCUGCUGAUCACAGCGACCCACAUGUACUGUCUGAGGGAGAUCGCGUCCAGGAAGGGUUUUGCCUAUAUCCAGUCCAGACAGGCCCUCAACAGCGUGGUCAAGAUCACCUCCAAGAAGAAACACCCAGAACUCAUCACCUUCAAGUUCGGCAACAGCAACACUGCUGGAAUAGAGAUUUCUGCUGUGGAGAGGUAUCUAAUCCCCAACGCGGGCGACGCAACCAAGGCCAUCAAACAGCAGAUCAUGAAGGUUCUGGAUGCCCUGGAGAGUUCCUAGAGACAGACAGAGAUACAUGAGAGCCCCCCCAGCUGGCCGGAAGGGGAACUGCAGGGAGGGAAGACGUCUGUGUGUCUGUCAGCUGAGGGCAGGGUGCUCUCUCUUUCUAUUUAUAUAUAUCUCUCCCUUUCUCUCUGUCCUCCUCCUCUUUCCAGCCAGGCGAGGACCAGGACAGAUCCAGUGUUGACUGACUGUUAACCCCUCCCUGUCUGUGGGGCUGAGGGUGUCGUCUCUCUCCCACCCUGGUUGCUGAGGACCUGAGGGACUGACUGACUGACUGUGACUGAGUCCCAAACAGCACCCUAUUCCCUAUAUAGUCCUUUCGGGCCUGGUCAAGAGUAGUGCACUAUAUAGGGAAUAGGGUGCCAUUUGGGAUGCAUCCUGACUGUGUGGAGAGAGACUGAGAUGCUCCUUAUUCACCAUCCUGGUCUCCUCAUCCUGACUGACAUACAGUGCCUUCGGAAAGUAUUCA